CAUCUCUACUUCUAUUCGUAAAGCAACCGUAGAAGAAGAUCCAAUAUCAGGAAUUUACGACUGAAUUGUGAUGGGAGAUGGCGGCACCAGAAACUCAGCUCAUGCUAAGCAUUGGAUUAAUUGAGAAAGACGUGAAUGCAGACACCUUGUGGGUGUGGUGCUAUCCCUCAGUCAGUGCUGAGCUCCGGGAGGUCCUGCUCAGUAAGUGCUGUCUCACACAGGACAGCCAGGGCCUGAACACCUUUGACCUUUUCUGCCGUACCUGGUACUACAUAUCCACUGUAGAGGUACAGGAACCCUCCGCCCUAAAGAAGGUCACACAUUUUUCAUUAGUUGUCACAGCAAAGGACUUCAACCCUGAGAAGUAUGCAGCAUUCAGUCGAGUACUAUGCAGAAUGUACAUCAAACAUGGGAGCCCAGUGAAAAUGGUGGAGGGUUACAUUGCAGUCCUCACCAAAGGCAUCUGCCAGAGUGAUGAGAAUGGCUCCUUUCUCAUCAAGGACUACGAUGUCAGGAAGGCGUACUUAGCAGGCUCAGUGAAAGAUGUGGUGUCCCAGUUUGGGAUGGAGACCAUCAUCCUGUACACAGCCCUUAUGCUAAAGAAGAGGAUUGUGGUCCAUCACCCUCGGAUUGAAGCACUGUUGGAGUUCACAAGAGCUCUUCCAGCUCUUACAUGGCACAGGAAAGACUGGUCCAUUCUGCACCCUUAUGUCCACCUGGCUGACAGUGAGCUGGAGAAUCUCAGGACAUGCACUGGAUAUGUGGCAGGAUUUGUUGACCCACAAGUGAGCAACAGACCGGACUUGUUUGAUGUGUAUGUAAACCUCCCAGAUACUGAGAUUACCGUAUCCCAGAGUGCCAAAGAGGCCAUGGCUAUGGGAAAGUUGCACAAAGACAUUGGCCUCGUCAUUGUCCAGUCUGCAGAGGAUGCUGAUAGAACAGAUGGGCAGGUUAUCAAGGACAUUUCCAUAAAGACGAGGGAGAUCCUUGCUAACCUGGCGUCCUUAGCUGAGGACUGUGAGAACUCUAAAAUCACCCUGGAGACCUUAAAGCAGCGUCACUUCCCACCUGCUACCGAAAACUUCUUGUUCCACUUGGCAGCUGCUGAGCAGCUUCUCAAGAUAUGACCCUUGACCUCCUACAUCAUCUGGUGUGAGGUCACUCUGAAUAUUAGCAUGGGUAUUCAUCUAUGUAAUUAUACAUACAGUGCAUUCGGAAAGGAUUCAGACUCCUUGACUUUUUCCACAUUUUGUUACAUUACAUCCUUAUUCUAAAAUGUAUCAAAUAGUUUAUGUAUAUAUA